AUGGCCGAAUCCGCCAUCUUUACGCCCCAGGGCUUUGUGCCGCCGCAGCCCAGCUUCCGUAUUGGCCAUCAUGAUUCCAAGCGGACGGCUCCUCUGGAGGACAUCCAGUACGGCCAUCUGCUCAACCAAGGUUUGAGCUUUGUGACAACGCCCAUUACGAAUGAUAACUUCAGAUCGCGGGUGUUUGAACUGGUUGAGAAGCAUCUGGCCACGGUCAAGGCCGCAGGCGAUGACAAUGCCAACAUUACAACCCCUUCCGUCCCAGACCCCAUUCUGCCGCCGUUGACGCCCGAGGACACGAGUCUGUUCCCGAGCCCUGCCGUCAACACAUACACGGGAAUUAUCAGUCCUUGGAUUGAUCUGUGCUCACCCAACCGCAUCAUUUCUAGUAUUUCUCGCCAGGUCCUGAACCUCGAGAUCAACUACGCCAACUUCUGCGGCGUCAAGAGCCUCGUCGUCCAGGGACCCGCGCGCGAUGCGUCCAAGACUGGGGGCAACCAGGGCCUGGCACAGUACUCUCGCGCGGUCCAGGAAGCACUCAAGGUCGGGGACCGGUUGACCUUUUUGGUUCACAUGCCCAUGUACCGUGAGCCCGGUGUUGCCACCCAGGCUCAGCUCCUCUCUUCGCUCGACACCACUGCCACUCCCGAGGAGGAAGCCAAGGAGGUAGACCUGUUUACUUCAUGGGAUUCGUGGAACCACAUCCGCUCUGUGUGCGAGUACGACAUGAGACUGUUCGUGUCGCUGCGACUGCCCAAGGUUAUGCCUGAAAAAACCCUGCAGAACCGGUGGUUUGCCGAACCUCUGCACUACCUCACCCUGUGGCCCGAGAUCUUCCAGAAGAACGCGAGCGGCUUUCCCAGCCUGUCUAGGCACCAUCAGGAGCUCAUCUUCAACUACAUGCAACUCAAGGCAGCACCGUGGCUGCUUCUCUGCGACGUCGGUCCCGAUGCGAAGCAGAAGCAGACUUCCCAGACCGGCGUGCAAAUCGAGUCUCAGGAGCACUUCCCGAGCCUCUCACAGGCACAGGCGCACGCCAACGUAAAGCAACAGUCUGGGCCGGCAAAGUCGUCCAGAGACCACCUUUCGUAUUUGCAGUGGCUCGAGUCGCAGCAGCCGCCCCUCUCCGACCUCGAGGCGAAUACAUUGAUGAGCUUCCAGGACUGGCUGCAAUCUCCCCUACAACCCCUGGCGGACAACCUCGAGUCGGCCACGUACGAGGUCUUUGAGGCUGACCCCGUCAAGUACGAGCAGUACGAGAUCGCCUGCACGGAAGCUCUGUCCGAGUGGAAGAAGCUGGGCAAGCCGACCUCCAAGGAGGGUGUUGUCGUCAUGGCUGUUGCCGGAUCCGGUCGCGGUCCCCUAGUUACCCGCGCUCUCCGCGCAGCCGAAUCGACGGGCGUUGCCGUCGAGGUGUGGGCGGUGGAGAAGAACCCCAACGCAUACGUCUACCUGCUGAACCAGAACAAGUCGAUAUGGGACGGCAAAGUCAAGGUGAUCAAGACGGACAUGAGGUCGUGGAAAGGUCCCGUGGUAUCCGAGUCAGCCGAGACGGGCCCCGUCUACGGCAAGGUGGACAUUCUGAUAUCGGAGCUUCUCGGCUCGUUUGGCGACAACGAGCUGUCGCCCGAGUGCCUUGACGGCAUCCAGCACGUCAUGGCCAAGCCGCACGGCAUCUCUAUCCCCAGCUCAUACACUGCCCACUUCAGUCCCAUCUCCACGCCCAAGCUGUACGCCGACAUACUGUCUAGGAGCACGGUCGAUUCGACAGCCUUUGAUACGCCCUGGGUGGUGCGCCUGUUCGCCAUGGACUUUGUCACGCAGAAGGUCCCCGGCCACCCCCGUAUCCAACAGGCUUGGGAGUUCGUCCACCCGAUCCCCACGGGUACCAUCGAGUCCAUCGAGGCCCGGCGGUCCGGCGGUGUCGUCGGCGGUGGCGGUGGCAGCAUGGCCGGCGCGGCCGGCGCCAACGACCACAACUCGCGCUUCUGCCACGUCACGUUUGUGUGCAGGGCACGGGGCGUCACACACGGCCUGGCGGGUUACUUUGAGUCGACGCUGUACGAGUCGCAGCUCAAGGAGACUGCUGGUGAGAAGGUAGAGAUCAGCACGCACCCUGAGCGUAUAGACUACAAGAGCAAGGACAUGAUUUCUUGGUUUCCCAUUUUCUUUCCGCUCAAGAAACCGCUACACUUCCCGGCGGAUACGGAGCUUGAGGUCAGCAUGUGGCGACAGACGGAUGACGGUAAAGUCUGGUACGAGUGGCUCGUGGAGGCAUGGGCGUGGGUCGGGCCGACAUCCAGGAUCAGGGUGGCUUCAUCGGACAUGUGCAGCAGUCGCAGAAUGGCAUGCUUGAUGUAA